AUGAGUUUCUCCGCCCCGACGCGCAAAGCGGAUGUUGGCGCUUCACUCGCGUUGAACGAUCAGCUUCAUUGUCGAGCGCAUGUCGGGGCGAUGAGUUUUCCGCCACCUAACUCGGGACAGUAUCCGCAGUACAUCCCUCCCCAGUACCAGCCCGGCAAUGUGCCUGCGCAGUUGCUGUACAACAAUGGCCCUCCUCAGGUGCCGGUACAGUCGCCGUACAAUGGCUACACCAAACCGCCAGGCUAUCCGCAGGGGAUGAUGCCCUAUCCAUAUUCUCAAUAUCAGCAGCAGUCGCAUCAGAUGCCUCAGCAAAUACCUCCGCAGCAACCUCUUAUGCAUCCACACCAGCAGUUGGCUCAACAACAGCCUCCAAUCCAACAGCAACACCCUCAAUUUCAAAUGCAACAAUCUCCUCGUCAACAAUACCAACAAUCUCCUCAUCAGCAAGUGCAGCAGCUGUCUCCGCGCCCGCAAUUUCACCAGCAAUCUCCCCGAACUCAGCUGCAACAGCAAUCUCCGCGUGCCCAAUUCCAACAAGCCCCUCUUCCUCAGCUACAACAAUCCCCUCGUCCCCAUGUACAACAGUCUCCUCGACCUCAGUUCCAACAACAGUCUCCUCGUGCCAACUUCCAACAGCAAUCUCCUCGCCAACCUGUGCAGCAUUCUCCGCGUCCGCAGUUUCCUCAGCAAGCGCCCCUUCCUCAGCCGCCGCCACCUCCGAAACAGCAAGUGCAACCGCCGCCGCCGCCGCAAGCACCUAAGCAGAUCCAGCCCCAGCCGACACCAGCCCAAUCCCUACCCCCUGUGCAGCCACAGCACCAGUUCAUCAACCCGGCAGAGCUGUUUGUCCAACCACCUCUCCCCGAGGCUCCGCGAUCUCGAUACAUCCCGCCUCCGGAUUUUGUCGACCCAAGUGCGCUGUCGGCCACGGCGGCUGGAGAUUUACCUUUGCUCCAUUCAAGCAUCUCUGCGGCUCCGUUAGAAGCACCACUAGCGCCUCCGGCCCAAAAUGCCCCACUUGCCAAUCCUCAAAAUCACACUCGAGGCCCGCAAGGACAGUCGAUGUUCCAAAUCCAGCCGCCUCAGCCGGUCAUCAAAGUAGACUCUACGCCAAUCCCAAAAGCCCCGAACGUGGAAAGGAAGCGCCCGCCGUCUACUCCAAGCACUGACUUGAAUAAGCGUCCUCCGUCUGCACCCAAGGCGACCCCGACAAUUGCGCACCAGCGACCUACUCCCUCGCCUGCCGUGCGUCUUAUCCCGCAGGUGAAGAUCCCGCCCGCUUCUCCUGAGGUCCAGAAGCAACUUCAGCAGGAGCAGGAGCAGCAGUCAAAGAAACCACAGCAGAAACGAAACAGCCUGCAGGGAACUGAAAAGGCUGCAGCAAAGCCCGCCAAACCCCCAGUGGACUAUCAGGUCCUGCUGCUUUCAUUGGCUGAUGAGUAUCUGAACGCUGCGCAUCGCCAUGGAACGAAGAUGGCUCUGGCAACUCGCCAAGGAGAUAUCGAAGGGUACUAUAAGUUAGUCGCUACGGGACUUGGAUGCUUGGAGGCUGUGUUAAAGAACUGGCGAUUGCAACCUCGCAAAGAAGCUCUUGUGCGACUCCGGUACGCGCGGAUAUUAUUUGAAGAGACGGAAAAUGAUCUCGAGGCCGAGACGGCUUUGAGCAAAGGGAUUGACCUUUGUGAGCGAAAUCGAAUGCUGGACUUGAAGUACAGCAUGCAGCAUCUUUUGGCGCGGAUGCUCCACAAAACCAACCCCAAAGCAUCUUUGAAGGCUGUUGAUGGCAUGAUUCAAGAUGUUGAAGCAUAUCGUCAUGCCGCUUGGGAAUACGCAUUCCGCUUCCUUCGAGUUUCCUUAUCCUUGUCAUCUUCGUCGCACCAGGACUCUGUUCAGGCAUUACAACACCUCCAUAAAAUCUCCGCUAUGGCCGGCCGAAAUGGUGACAAGGCUGUCUCGGCAAUGGGAGCAAUCAUGGAAGCCCUGGCACAUCUACAACACGGGACAGGGUCUGAUGCUAUUGAGCAAGCGCAGCGUGCUGUAGCCGCUGCACGGAGUCAUCAGUUGAAUGAAGAGCUUCGCGACAUUCCACAGCUUGUUACGCUCAUCCAUAUGGUUGACAUCUUCUGCAGUCUCUUGGAAUACGAUGUCAACCAGGCUACUCAAAAGUUAAGCGUGAUGCAGGCUAAGGUAGACGAGACACUGAGCGACCCCAAUUGGCGCCCUGACGGCUCAUUCUCGGUUCCACUCAGCGGCAAGUCGGCCGGGCCGUCGUCCAUCGACACAGGCGACAUUCUCCAGGUCCAUAACGGUACGCUUCUUCUGAGCUUCAAUUGGCUUCCCCAGCACGACCUUUACGCCCUUUCUUAUUUCUUGAGCUCGGUGACUCUGAGCUCCAAGAACUCUUAUGAUGGUCGUAAGGCAGAGAAGUACUUAGAUGAAGGGCUUCGAAUGAUACAAGGAGAAUUCAAAGCCCCUCAAGAGAUCGCCGAGUCUAUGGUGAAUGCGACCCGGAGAGUUGAAUGGCGCCGAUCUCUUUAUUGCAGCUUCCUUCUUCAACGUGUGUUUUUGGCCUGCUCCCGAACCGACUGGGAUCUGGCUAAACAGAGCUUGAAAGAGCUGCGAGUGGUCACACAAGACAUCGGGCAUCAGCUCCCUGCAUCUAUACAGUGCCUAAUGGAAUAUGCCGCUGGUACCAUUUCUCAGGCCUCUGGUGAUCUCUCAGCCGCCUUGGCAACAUUCCAAUCUCCAUUGCUAUCGCUUUCUUCUUCUAUCAGCAAAACCGCUCGCAAUGACCCCUGCCGCGACACAUGCAUCUUGGCAGCCCUCAACACCGUUCUCAUCAUCCGUGACCCAGCCCACCCAUCUCAUUCCCAUCUCCCCAAUAUCUUGGCUACUCUCGAAUCCUUCUGCCAAGGUAGUCCGAGCAAGUACAUCCAAGCCGCCUACUUCCUGGUUUGCGCCACUGUGAAUGACUCUACAGUCCAAACCAAACAAUACCUCCAGCAGGCCUUGCAGUCUGCAACUGCCAUCAGCAAUAACCAGAUCACCUGCAUGACUCUCACCUUUAUGAGCUGGAAAUACUUCCGCGGCGUCGUUGGCGAGCAAGCUGAGAAGAGUGCUCGAGCCGGACGCGCCAUGGCUCGACGAGCCAACGACCGUCUCUGGGCCAGCGUAACCGACGAAAUGCUCGCGGAUACUCUCGAGCGACAGGGCAAGGGCGAAGAAGCCCGCGACGUCCGCGCAGAGGGCCAGCGACUUAUCAUGGGCCUGCCUCCUGGCUUGAAACGGUCAUGA